GUACAGAUAGUGGUACGUUUGGUGCUUGGUGAAACCGGCAACACUGAAGCAAGGCUGCGAACUACAAGCGCCGGCGCUACCUAGAAAUAAUCGAUUAGGCAGUGUUGUUUAAUCAGUGAGCCCGGUAGGAACUGCACUGCGGUUAGGUGACCUGUCUGUCUCGUGAAGGAAUAGGAAUACUAGAUUUAUUGAAGCUGCGUGAAAUAACGCUGCUGUCGAUAUGGUUUUCUGGUUCCGAGCGCGACUGACUUCCUAACAAACUUCAAUAAAUCUAAUUCACCUACCAGAAGCAUCCCGCCAUGAAAAGUACGUUCGAAAUAGAACUUUCUCUUCUAGAAGAGAAGAGCGAGCUAUGGCGGAAGCAUAAUGAAGAGCAGAGUGAGUUGCGACGAAAGUACUAUGAAGAGGAAAAUCGUCGAAUCGAAGAAGAAUACCAGCGAGAACUGGUGAAAAUUGAAGAGGAUUUCCAAAGGGCUGCAAAGAGAAUGAAGGCGGAUUUCAGCGCAAAGAUGAAAGCAGUACUACGGCAAAACAGUGGGUGUAACGUCAGCGAGGAAGCGGCGGUGGAACCGGCUCCGGCAGGUGACAAAACCCAGCCGAACAAUGACUGCACUAGACCAUCGAAUCCGAAUAAAGCAGACUCUUCCGAACAGCAUUCGCAAACAAAACCUUUGUCGAAGAAAUCUACUGUUCCAAGAAGCGUCAUCAAUGGCGAGCCCGAGCCUACGUCACAUCAAAGGCGCGGAAAGAUGACCAAAACAGUAUCAGCUGAUUCCCCUACAGCUGAUUCGUACGUGAGCACUCGGUCUCUGACGUCAUCAAUCCAUAGGAGCAAUCAAAUAUCUGCAAAAGUACCAGAGAGUCAACCAGAGUGCAAAACAAAUCCCGUACAAACAAUGAUCUUCGUUUACGAGACCAGUGCGGAACAAUUUGGUUUGGAUCAGGUAGCCUGUCGAGUGAUAUAUCAACCAAAGAUGGAACAAUAUUUUCACCACCGCCGCCGCCGCCACCGUCGUCGUCGUCGCCGCCACCGCAGGAAGGAAGGCAAUCGUCAUCAAUUGAAAACGUUGCUGUUCGAUCCCGGUGGCUAUUGUGUUGCAGCAGUGGAACGAGUCAGCUCGACUUGUAGCGUAUUUACCACAAUUCGUUUCGACUGCAGUACGGUGCUGCCAUCUAGGUACAGUUUGAUGUGUAGGAAAGCACUUCGCAAAUUUGAUGGACAUAAAAUGAACAUGCGAACAUUUGGAGGUUUAGAUUGUUACCUGUUUCACGGGGGGGAAUGUUGCGUACAGAUAGUGGUACGUUUGGUGCUUGGUGAAACCGGCAACACUGAAGCAAGGCUGCGAACUACAAGCGCCGGCGCUACCUAGAAAUAAUCGAUUAGGCAGUGUUGUUUAAUCAGUGAGCCCGGUAGGAACUGCACUGCGGUUAGGUGACCUGUCUGUCUCGUGAAGGAAUAGGAAUACUAUAUUGUAAGUUUGAAUGAAAUGUAAUGUAAUAUAAUAUAAUAAA